UGUUUGAUUUUUGCAGGUGUUGGCAUUGGUGUAGGCUUUCUUUGUUUGUUUCUCUUGGGUUAUAAACUAUACCAAUACAUACAGAAAAAGAGAGAAAGGAUUCACAAGGAAAAGCUAUUCAAACAGAAUGGUGGCUACUUGUUACAAGAGAAAGUGUCAUCAUCACAUGGAAAUGGAUCCCAAAAGGUAAUAAUAAAGCUUUUCACAGCUGAGGAGCUUCAAAGAGCAACAGAUAACUACAACUGGAGCAGGUUUCUUGGUCAAGGUGGAUAUGGAAAAGUCUACAAAGGAAUGCUACCAGAUGGAACCAUAGUAGCUGUUAAGAGAUCUAAGGAGAUUGAGAGGAACCAGAUUGAGACUUUUGUCAAUGAAGUUGUCAUUUUAUCACAGAUUAAUCACAGGAACAUUGUGAAGCUCUUGGGCUUCUGUCUUGAGACAGAAGCACCAUUACUAGUCUAUGAGUUCAUUCCAAAUGGAACACUUGCACAACAUAUUCAUAGCAAACCCCAUGAAUCAUCUUCACCACUUUCAUGGGAUAGCCGGCUUGGAAUCGCAUGCGAGGUAGCCGGAGCAGUGGCUUAUAUGCAUUCUUCAGCUUCAAUUCCCAUCUUCCAUAGAGAUAUCAAACCUACUAACAUACUCUUAGAUAGUAACUAUAGUGCAAAAGUGUCUGAUUUUGGAACAUCAAGAUCAUUGCCACAAGACAAGACUCACUUGACAACACAAAUAGGAGGAACUUUCGGAUACAUCGACCCUGAAUAUUUCCAAUCUAGUCAAUUUUCGGAUAAGAGUGACAUGUAUAGUUUUGGAGUUGUGCUUGUUGAAAUCAUAACUGGGAAGAAGCCGUUUCGUUUAUAGAAGAAGAUGAGGGUCAGAAUUUGA